AUGGAUCCACUCAAGCGGGAGGAUGGCAACAUAUACCUCUCUUCUCGUGGUGCUCAGGGCUUAACUUGCAGUGUUGUCUUUACAGCAUUAGCGACCAGCUUUGUGGGAUUGCGUCUAUACACCCGGGUCAAGCUUAUGAGGAGGAUGGAAUCGAAUGACUGGAUGAUUGUCGUUGCAUUAGUCAACUCGUAUAUUUUCAUGGGUUUGGAUAUGGUUGAAGCUACCAGCGGAAUGGGAAUGCAUCUCAAGGACAUCCCACCAGCGAUCCUUGAGAGACAGAUGAAGGCAUUCUGGCUCACCGUCCCCUUCUACAACGCUGCCGUCCUCUGCGCAAAAGCAUCCAUCCUCAUGCAAUAUUUCCGCGUGUUCCCUACCCGCCGCAUGCGAAUUGUCUGCUGGAUAAUGAUAAUAAUUCUUGCUACAUACGGUACAUGGGCAGUCAUCAGCGCAUUCCUAAACUGCAUCCCUGUUGCCAAAUUCUGGGACGACUCGAUCCCAGGCUUCUGUCUAAGUAAACCGGGGCUCUGGUUUUCGAAUGCAAGUAUGCAUAUCACCACCGACAUUGCGAUUCUCAUAAUCCCCAUCCCGGCUCUGAUCGCUAUCGAGAUACCACGGAGACAGAAAGCGGCAUUGAUGAUCUUGUUUGGAUUGGGUGGAUUUGUUUGUGUGACCAGUAUUGUCCGUCUGGUCAGUUUGAAGAAGAUUUCUGAUUCGAGAGAUCCCACGUACGAUAAUGUGGGUGCGGCGUCUUGGUCUGCCGUGGAGUGUAAUACGGGAAUUAUUUGUGCUUGUUUACCGACUCUUAAGCCGUUGAUUUCGAAGCUUGUUCCGGGGCUUUUGUCUACGCUUGAGGGGAGUCGGAGGAAUGGGACUGAGCAUGUGUCUACUAAACGUCAGACAAUGACUUGGAAUGAUGGGUCUACCCUUGGUGCGCCGGGUGAUGAUAUUGAGUAUGGGGCUGGAGAUCCUGAGCGGGUCCUUGAGCUGGUUCCGAGUGGCGCUGGGAAGCAUGGGAGACGCUGGGUUCAGGAGGAGAAGAUUGAUGGGAUCACGGAGAUUACUGGGUUUAGGCAAUCGAAUUAUUGCCAUCAACAUACAGUGUCUGACACAUCUGUCUACUCGCGGAGUUGA